AUGUCUCAGUUAAACUACUGCCCAUCCGCUGGCGACACCCACGACGCCGGCAACGAGGCUCCCAUGAACGAUCCCCUCGAAGGUAGCGGCAUCCACGACGACGCUCCCAUGAAAGAUUCCUUCGAAGAUACGAAGGCUCUCAUGAAAGCGGCCGUCGCCGGAAACCUCGAUUCCCUCAAAGGCAUUGUACAGAGUCUUACCAAAGGAAGUGGUGACCCAUCGGCGAUUUUUUCUUUCAACAUCGAUGGGGUUUCUGUGUUGCACGCCGCGGCAAUGUUUGCCCAACUGGAGGUUAGCAAGUAUUUGGUGGAGGAGCUCAAGGGAGAUGUGAAUGCUCCGGGAUAUGGAGCUGGUAUGACUCCAUUUAUGGUGUCUGCUCGGUCCGGUGAUGUUGCCACCGUUAAGUAUUUUCUUGAUCGUGGUGGUGAUUUAACGAAAGCAGAUGACAAAGGACGCACAGUUCUUCACCAUGCUGCGGCUAAAGGAUGCUGCAUGGUAACAAAGUUCCUCCUUUCAGAAGGAGUUCCAGUCGACAUAAACUAUGGUCGUGGAACACCACUCUUUCUGGCUGCUGAAAGCGGACAAGAUAAGACAUUGGAGAUUUUGUUGGACCACGGCGCAGAUCCUAAUAUCAGUGUCCAUUGUUUGGGAGGUCCCUUCUUUAUGGCUCUUACUAAGCAUUCAUUCAAAUGCAUGGAGACGCUCGUUAAGGCUGGUGCCGAUGUUAAUUGGAAGACUUUCGGUCUCACUCCUUUGGGGUUUGCUACGGCGCGAGGAGGUUAUACCAACUUCAUUCAGUUCCUCUUGGAUGUUGGAGCAGAUGCUAAUGUUUCUGAUGAUUUGGGUUGGUUGCCAGUACAGCUUGCUGCGGCACGUGAUUGCAGGGAAGAGGUUGAAAUGCUGUUUCCUUUGACUUCCCCAAUUCCAAAUGUCCCAAACUGGACUAUUGAGGGUGUAAUUUCUCAUGCAAAGAUUGAAGCCAAAAAGCCACUGGAUCAAAAGAAUUGCCAAAGAAGAAAAAGUUUCUUAAAGUUACAAGCUGAUAUAGCAUUCAAGCAGAAGGACUAUAAGCUGGCAUCAGAGUUGUAUGACAUGGCAAUAAGUCAUGGAGAGAGUGCAGCACUGUACGCGAACAGGAGUCUUACUAAACUGCUAACGGGAGAUGGUGAAGGUGCUUUGUCAGAUGCUCUCAGGUGUAGAAUGUUGCGACCUCAAUGGGCAAAAGUUUUCUACCGUGAAGGUGCAGCUCUCAUGCUACUCGAGGAGUAUGAACAAGCCUAUGAUGCUCUGUUGGAUGCACAAAACUUGGAUCCUCAGAGUGCUGAGAUUGAACGUGAACUACGGAAGGCUAGGGAACUCAUGACGAAUAUGAACGCAUCUAGGGAGCGGCCGGAUGCUCCCUAGUGAUCCAGAGUGGCUGACCAAAAAGGAAAUAUUUGGUCCCCUAAUAAUCCAUAAAAGAAAAUAAUUUGUCUUCCUGAUCCAUAUAAGGAAAAAUAUAAUCUAUAUUAGGAAUGUAAAAUGUAAACAGAAAAAAAAAUACAAAAGCACCCAUGUGAACAUAUGUGAAUGCAUUUAAUUUGUGUUUUUUUAAGUCGUAACUUUUAAAACGCGCGUCGAAAUUAAGAUCCGUUUUCACUGUUGGAACCCAUGCGACGUGCUUUUCAAAACUAGAUCCCGCAAGGGUAUGUUUCGAUGAAUUUUUUGUGCAGUUUAAUCCCCGUUUGGUGCAAGUGUCUAGCAGUCAAUAUGCAACUAUAUGACAGUCGUUGUGCAACUUUCUCGCUACUCGUGAAUGUGCAAUUUUCACUCUUCACUGAUAUGCACAGGUGUGAACG